AUGGCUUCUUUUACGAGUUUUGGCUUUGCCGCUUUAUUCAUAUUGGCCAUCACAAGUUCUUCUCCGGCAGCCACUGCGGCGGAGGGGUUCAAGGUUGGCGGCGACGAGGGUUGGCGGCAGCCAGCCGCCAACGACACUGAAAUGUACACCCGGUGGGCAUCAACCAUGAGAUUCCAUGUCGGAGAUUCUCUCCGUUUCGUGUACAAGAAUGAUUCGGUGGUGGUGGUGGACAAAUGGGGGUACUACCACUGCAACUCAACCCACCCCAUCUCCGUAUUCGACGAUGGAAACACCGUUUUCAAUCUGGGUCGACCCGGCCCGGCAUACUUUGUGAGUUCCGACCCGGUUCGGUGCAAAAACGGGCAAAGAUUAAAUGUGGAAGUGAUUUCGCUGAUGCACGACGACCCGAUUUCACGAACACCAGCACCAGCACCAUUUUCUGGAGCAGGAUCUAAUUUCUUGGCCAUGCCACAACUGGUUUUCUUUUAUGUAGUUAUUGCUUCAGCUUCCAUUAAUAAUAUGUAUAUGUAG